GGAAUCGAUCAUCAUUUAGGGCUGUAUUCUCUGGUCUAGACCUCGGGGCACUUUCGUACAACGUAGGUAUAUAUUAAGGUAGCGUGUGUGUGUGUUGACCUCAUCACUUUUUACCUUUCCAGGAGCCAGUACCCAUUCUUUUCUCUGAAAUACGGCCACUCAUUCCGGCAUACCAUGUCCAUUUCGCAAUACUCCACAAACCUAGGCGAGUUCGUGUAUCAGACCUGCGUCGAGUUCCCUGUCAGCGCCCUCACAAUCCCGCGCCAGAGACAGCUUCAACCCAAUACGCAACCUCCUAGGACGCCAGACAUGCCGAUUGGAAAGGAUGAGAAGAUCCCGGUCGUUAGCGACCGGAUCUACGAGCUAUGUAACUCCACCGAAAGCGUCUCGACCAUGUUGGCAAAGGACCCGACCAUGGCACCUGGCGAUGCUUGGAAGAAGCUCUAUGGUCACCACGUGGGCAAGGAUUCCGGCUCCCACUCGGCGGGCGCCUCGGGAGAACGUCGCACAGUUGAAGAGGCAUUAGAGAAAGCCGCAAAGUGUGGGAAAUGGGGGCCAACACAGCCGAGCGAGCUCUUCCUCAGGAUCUACAAUGAUGCCCUGUGUACGCUGGAGGAAGGCGUGGAUCGGGCGAUGGUCAGUCCGCCGCUUAUGGGAAGCUGUGGCGUUUUGCCCCUGACCAUUAUCUCGGUUAUUCCUGAUAUCGCCCGGCACAUGUCAAACAUUAUCGUCAGAGCCGAGAGGGAGGUUAUCCUGGCGACCAACUACUGGCAAAACUCGGUGGCCUCGAAAUUCCUCACCGAUGCCAUGAAGGAGCUCUCCCGUCGCGCUGGCCAGUCUGGCACUAAGGUCGUAAUGAAAAUCAUCUACGACCGAGGGAGUCCGAGGCAGAUCUUCGAACCUCACUACUUUGUGAACGAGAAAACGUACACUGGCACUGCUGUCGGGAUUCCCCACCCCGAUGAGAUACCCAACAUUGACCUGCAAGUGAUGAACUACCACCAGCCGAUGCUCGGGACAUUUCACGCCAAGUACAUGGUCGUCGAUAGGAAGAUAGGCAUUCUCCAGAGCAAUAAUAUCCAAGAUAAUGACAACUUGGAGAUGAUGAUCCAUCUGGAGGGUCCCAUCGUCGACUCCCUGUAUGACAUGGCAUUGAUUUCGUGGCACAAGGCAUUCGACCCUCCGUUGCCGAGCCACAAUGCCCCGGCGGCUCAGGGUGGACUCGGAAUCUUUGGAACCAGCCAUUAUUCCCUGUUCACCCCCGAUGGGACGCUUAGAGGGUUCAGUUCCGUUGUCGGCCCGGACAUGGUCUCCCCCAGCAAGGCAUAUGGACACAAGCAGGGUGAGGUCCGCGAGCCAGGGGUUGUUGAUCCGUCCGCGCAGCAGCAGAGUGGCGAUCUACAUCGCGCGGACACACUUACCGGACCGACAACUACCGAGAGCGUCAUCCAUCCUCACCCAGAUGCUCAUCCAGGCGCUCCUGGCAUACCUCAUGCCGAGCCCGAAAGUGGCCGCGAUGGACGGCUGCAAGCCGGUGUUGCAAACACACAGGCGGAACAAUAUCUUCACCAUGGGGAGCAGAUAAUCCCUCAAGCUCAGAUCCAGGAGCCGUCGUUAAAUUCACGGCCCUUACCGGAGCAUUCAACCGAAGACCCGCAUUACGACGACGACAUCGCAGGCGAGGUGGCGCGGGUGCAGACCUCGGUAUCGCCGUCGCUCGGUGAGAGCCGCAUGGAAGCCGUCACACGGCACCUUAAUCACACUACAAACAAGGGCUUCAAGGGCGCCGCCCCCGAGUGUGGACCCGGAGAGGAGAUGACGCCGUACAUUCCCCACUCGGUCGACGAGCCCUUCCCAAUCGCCCUGGUCUGCCGAUCGCCAUACGGUCCCCCGAACCACAGUGCCGUCUCGAAUCCUCAAAACGCGGCCUGGCUGUCGGCCUUGCGGCACGCCCAGAAGAGUGUCUUUAUCCAGACUCCGACUCUAAACGCCGAACCACUCAUUCCGGCCAUCAUCGAAGCGUGCGAGCGCGGAGUGGAUGUCUACUGCUAUGUCUGCCUUGGCUACAACGACGCAGGCGAACUCCUCCCAAUGCAGGGCGGCCACAACGAGAUGGUAGCGCACAACCUGCACAAGGCCCUCUCGGACGCCGGCCGGGCCCACCUGCACUACUACUGGUACGUGGCCAAGGACCAGACGGAGCCGCUGGUGCAGCAGCGCAAGGAGCGGUCCUGCCACAUCAAGCUGAUGGUGGUGGACGAGCAGGUCGGCAUCGCGGGCAACGGCAACCAGGACACGCAGAGCUGGUUCCACAGCCAGGAGAUCAACGCCAUGCUGGACUCGCCGGCGGCCUGCCGCGCCUGGGCCGACGCCCUGCGCCGCAACCAGAACACGCACCUGUACGGGGCGCUCGGCGCGCGCGACGGCGUGUGGAGGAGGCCCGAGGCUGAGGGCGGCGGCGAGGCCGAGGGGGCGAUGGGCGUCGACCCGGGGAGGUUCAGUUGGGCGAAGGGGCUUGUGGGCGCGGUGAAGAGGGUGCAGGGGACGGGUGGUUUCUAGGGGUGGCCUUUGGCUGGGAGGACUCUCCUCUCAUGGGCGUGUUUGUUUGCUUUCAUUCUGGCUCUGACAGGAUAGCGAAGAGAAUGCAAUUUGGUCGUUUUG